GAGCAUCGUCACCAUGCAUGUACUGCGUAAGGUCGAUCACAUUCCCAUAGAGCAAUCUUUUCCAUCUGGGCACAAGAGCAACAUCGGGAUUGCGGGGGGAGCACCAGUCUAGAAUCCAGAUCGCACUACUAUAGGCGGCUUGCAACGGAGACGCGACACGGGACAAGAUCGCCACUUUCGACUCGGGCAUACUGUGGGGUUGCGGGAUCGAAUACCUGUAACUACGUAGCUCAUUUGUAAUGAAGCUCAAAGUUAGUAUCAUUGGAGCGUUUGUAGUCUCGUAGCUACUAGUCUUGGCGUCAUUCUAGUCCACCUUCAACGCCGUCCUCCUUCAUCGUUACAACUCAGCGGGGUAUAUAAGUACUCCCACGUCACCCCCGAGAAUACGGGCAUUUGCACUAAUGCGAUUGAGAGGAACAAGAAAAUUAUACCAUACUCAAGAUGUCUCAAGGCAAGAAAGUCACUCUGAACACCGGUCAGCAAAUCCCUCAAUUGGGAUAUGGCACCUGGCAAGCUGGCCCCGGUGAAGUAGGCCAGGGUGUGUACGAGGCCUUGAAAGUUGGCUACAGGCAUUUGGAUUUUGCCAAAGUAUACGGCAAUCAGCGUGAGAUUGCCGAUGCGCUUAAGAAAGCGUUUGCAGAGAUCCAAGGUCUCAAGAGGGAGGAUGUUUUCAUUACCUCCAAACUAUGGAACUCUCAGCAUGAUCCUAAAGUGGUCGAAGCUGCCCUCGAUGACUGCCUCGAGGAGCUAGGUCUCGACUAUCUUGAUCUAUAUCUUGUUCAUUUCCCUAUCUCUUUCAAGGGAAGCUCCAAGCACGUCGGACAAGAUCUCUUUCCCCUCACUGGCGGAAACCAGCCAGUUGGCGAUUGUGACAUUGAUGACAGCAUCUCAAUCGUAGACACUUGGAAAGCCAUGACCAAGUUGCCCAAGUCGAAAACCAGAGCCGUCGGUGUGUCCAAUCACACCAUUGAGCAUCUCGAGGCUCUGAACAAGGCCACAUCUGUCGUCCCUGCGGCCAACCAGGUCGAGCGUCACCCCCGGAUUAGGCAGGAUGACCUUGUAGCGUAUUGCAAGGAGAAGAACAUUCACAUCACCGCAUACUCUGCCUUUGGAAACAACAUGCUGGACCAGCCACUGUUGUUCACGUACCCUGAGAUCAAGGCCGUGGCCGAGAGACUCUCGAAGGAAAAGGGUGACCAAAUCAGCCCUACCAAUGUCUUGAUUGCUUGGGCACAGAGCGGCGGCCACAGCGUCAUCCCCAAAUCGGUGUCGCCCAAGCGGAUUGCCGAGAACUUCAAGGAGAUUGACCUGACCGCCGACGACAUUCGUGAGAUUGAGCAGGUCGACAAGACGCAGCGCAGAUACAACAUCCCUUAUGUUGCCAACAAGCCUCGCUGGGAUGUCAACAUCUUUGGGGAGGAGGCGGAAACGCCUGCAACUCACAAGGUCAUCAUCUAGACAGACAACGGGGAGCUUGUAGAAGGAACACGACCAUAGCCUGCGCGAUAUUGCCAAAGCUUAUAGGGCGAAGUAUACGCAAUCGAACAAAAUUUA